AUGUUGCUGCUAGCCCAAGCUAGUUCUGGUUUACAGCAAAUUUGGGAACCAAAGAAAGACGCACCGGAGCAACCAGACUCCUCCACGAUAGAUGUGGUCUCGGUGACAGAAGAAGACCUCCCUACUGUCGAGACCCCCACCAGUCUGAACAUCAGCCCCCUGGGCAGCUUUGUCAUUGAGCCACAGUCAGGGGACUAUUGCACUAAACCCGCAGAUCCCCAACCUCCACCCAGUCCAGCCAUGCCCAUUACCAAAGUGCAGCCAUUUAUGCAUGAAGAUGACAUGGAUAAAAGCUGGAAGAGCAGAAUCUUAGCCCAUCGCUUUGCCGUUCUGAUAUUCGCUGUUUGCUGCAUCCUCGGGGUGGUUGUCCUGCUCAGCGUUGGCCUUGGAUUGGGCCUGAGGUGUUCGGGGAGGUUUCAGUGUGGCUCCUCGUCUCAGUGCAUCAACAACAUUUACCUGUGUGACGGAAAACUUCACUGCAUAAAUGGGGAAGACGAGCUUGGCUGUGUGCGUCUGAGUGGCAGAAGUUCAGUCCUGCAGGUUCAGAUGCAGGGGAAAUGGAGGACAGUCUGCUCAGAAGAUUGGAACAACAGGCUGGGCAGAGCUGCCUGCACGCAGCUUGGAUACUCCAGUUAUUUAGAGUCUUUCUUCAUCUCUCUGACCCACAUUGAGAAGGACCUUCAGACCGACCUGAUGUCUUUUCAGUGGAACAAGUCACAGAUAAUCAAGCUUCAGAACGCCCCAUCUAUCAGGUGUACACACCUUUUGUGCUGUUUGAGUAAAUGGAAAGUGUGUAUUUGCCCCAAAGUGAUAACACUGCUGUUGUCAUCCAAUUAGCCAAUCAGAAUUUAAAAUAAAUAAAUAAAAAUUGCGCCUCAAUAUUAACCCGUCAAACAAAAUACUCUCCAAAAACGGUCUGUUACACAGCAAUGAGCGCUAUAAAUAUUUUCACAAAACUAUGAAAACAUUACAAAUUCAAAAGAGACAAACUGUUACUAUAUCAGCCACAUCUGAACUCUAUAGACGUAGCCUGGGGUCACACGUGAAAACAUCAAAGACUUCUGAUAACCACAGACUGCUACAGAACACUAUUUAAAUCAAUUCUGCCAAAGUAUUCACUCACCCAACCAAAGCAAAUACUUUGGGUAAAACAGUGUGCAAACAUACACUUCACUGGCUUUAGUAUCAAGAACACUUUACUAUACAGACCAGAGGAGCCAGACAUCAAGUUACAACCCACCAAUUACCUCGUGAUCUACAGCUGUCCAGUGGCUGAGCAUUUAAAGAGAAGAAAUAGAAGAGGUCACAUUAAAGCUUAGAGGGAACGAGAUUAAUAAAAGAUGUCAUUUAGUCCAGUAC